AUUCUCUUUGAUUCGUUCUUACCGCAAUAGUCACGAGGGGUUCUCUGAGAUUUAAUUUCUGUUUUUAAUUAGUGUAAAAAGUAAUUUUUGAUUGAAAAAUGGCUUUACACGUGCCUAAAGCUCCAGGUGUCCCCCAAAUGAUGAAAGAAGGAGCACGGAUGUUCUCUGGUCUGGAAGAGGCAGUGUACCGAAACAUCAAUGCCUGUAAACAAUUUGCGCAAAGCGUACGUUCCGCCUAUGGCCCUAACGGCAUGAACAAAAUGAUUAUCAACCACAUAGACAAACAGUUUGUGACUAGCGACGCAGGUACAAUAAUUAGAGAGCUUAAUGUGGAGCAUCCCGCUGCCAACUUGAUGGUCCUCGCCAGCCAAAUGCAAGACUCAGAAGUAGGAGAUGGCACAAACUUCGUCAUAGUCAUAUCUGGUACUCUCCUAGAAGCUGCAGAGGAGCUGCUUCGACUUGGUAUUACCACUAGUGAAAUAGCAGAAGGCUAUGAGAGAGCCCUCGACAAAUGCCUUGAAAUCCUGCCAGAGCUUGCAUGUUAUGAGAUUAAGGAUUACAAAAAUAUACAAGAAGUUACCAGAGGCAUUAUGCCCUCUAUUAUGUCAAAGCAGUAUGGACAUGAAGAAUUCAUUACUGGACUUGUAGCAAAAGCAUGUGUAGCCAUUCUUCCUCAAAAGACUACAUUCAAUGUUGACAAUGUCAGAAUAUGCAAGGUUCUAGGAGCUGGUCUUCUGCAAUCUGAAGUUCUCUCUGGAAUGGUAUUUAAACGAGAAGUAGAGGGUGACAUCACAUCAGUCACUAAAGCUAAAGUGGCUGUAUAUUCUUGUCCAGUGGACAUCACACAAACUGAGACAAAAGGAACAGUCCUUAUCAAAUCAGCUGAUGAGCUUUUGAACUUCAGCAGGGGAGAAGAAUCCCUUCUCGAAAGGCAAAUUAAGGAUAUAGCUGAUGCUGGUGUCAAGGUUGUGGUGGCUGGAGCUAAGUUUGGGGAUAUGGCUCUGCAUUUCUUGAACAAGUACGGUUUGAUGGCUGUGCGACUUAAUUCUAAGUUUGAUCUACGUCGUUUGGCCAAGACAGUCAAUGCUACUGUCCUCCCAAGAUUGACUACACCAACUGCUGGAGAGCAAGGUUACUCCGAUGUAGUAACUGUAGAUGAAGUGGGUGACACGCGCGUUGUAGUCUUUCGUAUGGAGACUACAGAAUCCCGCAUCUCCACAGUAGUCAUCCGAGGUUCCACUGAUAAUUACAUGGAUGAUAUUGAAAGAGCUAUUGAUGAUGGUGUCAAUACUUUCAAGGGCAUUACUAGAGACGGAAGAUUUGUGCCUGGUGCUGGAGCUACAGAGAUAGAGUUGGCUCAGCGUCUCCUGCAGUUUGCAGACACCCUGCCAGGUUUAGAGCAAUAUGCUGUUAGGAAGUUCGCAGUUGCUCUCGAGAGCAUCCCACGCGCCCUGGCCGACAACUCUGGCGCCAACGCUACGGAAGUAGUCAACAACAUCUAUAAAGCUCACAAGGAGGGAAACAAGAACGCUGGUUACGACAUUGAUUCAGAAAACAGCAGCGUAUGUGACGCGAAAGAAAAGGGUAUUCUCGAUUUAUAUGUCCUUAAGUACUGGGGACUUAAAUUCGCUGUAGGAGCGGCCACUACCAUUCUCAAGGUCGACCAGAUCAUCAUGGCGAAGAAAGCAGGAGGACCCAAACCGAAGCAAUCUCCGGGAAGUGACGACGAGUCAUAAUUUUUGUACUAGACUAGCUUUACAAUUUUCCAGAGUAUUUGUCUUUAGUUAAGGUUCCAAUUAACAUUUUAAUUUAAACCACUAUAAUUGUUUCGAUCGUUAGAUGUUGUAAUAACUAAUAUUACAAUUGAUACUGCUUUAGUUUAAAUGCACUAAACCUCACAAAUUGAUAUUGUGACUUCAAUAAAAUAUUUUAAUAUACU